AUGGCCUCCACCUUUGCCCCUGCCGUCCCGGACACUCUCGAUCAGCAGCAUCUCCAACAGCUUCACGCCGCCGAGGCCCGUAGCCGCUCCCGGCCCGCCUCCAGCUGCGACGGCCAUCCGACGGCUCCUGUCCUCGACGCCGACGCCGACUUGCUGCCGAGUGGCAUCGAUUCCCUCUCCCCGUCGGCCAACCAGUUCGAAACCCCUGCAGGCUCCACGACGACGGUAGGUCCCUGCCAGUCCAGCGACUUCGGCGAUCUCGACGAGUAUCCUUUCUUUGCCGCCCACUGCACCGACCUGGAUGGGACCGCCCCUUCGUUCCUCGACAAUCCGCUAGGCUGGAACCAGUCGCUCUCGCUGUUCGACGAUGACGCCCCUCUCGAGCGGAAACAUCACGUUGCCGACGACCGCCAGUACCCGCUGACGCCAACCCACACCUCCACCGGCCAUGCCGCCUCGCCGAGAAGUGCACACCAUGGUGCCGCCGGCCUGCGGUCGACGGCCCCGCUCCUCCCAGAUUCCAUCUCGCCGCAGCAGCUGCAAAAUCACUUCAAGCCGACGCCCGUCGUCAUCGAGUCGUCGUCCAACCUGACUCCCAGCCGCUCCAACAGCAACCGCACGAGCGAGGAUAGCCUCGCCCCCGCGCCCGUCUCCACGAACCCCCAGAGCCCCCGCGUCACCGUAUCGGUCUGGGGAAAGGACGACACCGGCCCGGUUCAUACUCUUGAGCGGACCUUUGACGAAGUGACGGGUGGCAUCUACGCCGCGGGGGAUCUCAUAUCCUCCCUCCAUGACCCAACCUUUGCAUCGUCGCGACGCGCCCCGAUGGACCACUGGAUGAGCGAGCCGACCGUGCGAAGAAGCGGCCUGGACCCGACGAGUCGUCCCGAGGAAGAGGUCACGAGCAUCAACGACGUGGCGCGAGGAAGAGAAGCGCAUGAGCGCGAUCGCGGCGUCGCCAUGUGGCUCUCCGAGAACCCAAACGAUGGAAUGGCACCAAGAGAACAUUCCAGCGAGGACCUCCGAGCCAUCGAGCAGGCGUUUGCCUUUCAUGGCAAUGACGACGUUCCCUUUGGCCUCGCCACCGAGAACAAAUACGUCGCCGGCCAGACGUACUAUGCCGAAGGCAGCGCCGCACCCCUGAACGAUGCGGACCGCCGCAUCAUCGCGGCAGAUCGCAACUGGGCCGACGCUCCCGUCCUGCAUCAAAUCACGACGAGCCGUCCGGGGCUGAGCCAGCCCCAGUCGUCGCAGGACGCCAUCGAAAGGUUUGAGAGGUUGUGCCGCGACAACGACUCCAUCAUUUCCCGGUCCGCAACCUGGGGCACUCGUCGACGGAGCUUCACGAGCGUCUGUGACCUCGACGUCGAAGCCGUCACGAGCGGCAGCUUUCUCAAGAAGCUGUCGCUGAGUCGCGGCGGCGGCGCCGACAAGGGCACCAAGUCGGGAGGCUUGCUGAGGGACCUUCGAGGUCUGAUAAGGCGACCGAGCGCGAGCUCGCUGCGGAAGCGCUCCCGAAGCCGUUCCCGCUCCGCCAAGGAGGCGCCGUCACCGAAGCCGGUCGAGGAUGUCCGUCGAGACAACCUGUCUCCCAUGGCCCGAGCCUCGAGCUGUGGACAAAAGCCGACGACGCCGAGCAUAAACACGGCGCUCGUCAACAUGGCGCACAACUUUGCCUCCAUCGGCACCGUCCAUUCGCGAAGCGGUUCCGUCAGCGGGCCGACACCCAUGCUCUCUCCCAAGAGCGGCCUCGGCAGGAGUCUCAGCGUCAAGAACGCACUCCGACGUCCCCGAAGCAAGUCCGAGGUACCGAAAGCAUCCGAGACGACGACGACGACGACGACGACGACGGCCGACAGCCACCCGAACCUCAUGGGCAUAUGGAGAAAGUCCGGCGGCCCGCCCGUUGCCGCCCUCGCCAAGACGAGCCACGUGAAUGCAGAUGACGAUGACGACGAAGACGACGACGACGACGACCUUGGCGAGGACAACGACGUCAAGGCCAACCCAAACAUGAUCGAUGACAUCGCACCCAACUUUGCGGGAUUCCGACAGCACAUCGUCGCCCUCAACCCCGGUCUCGACGGAACCCACGCCUUCUUGGUCGAGCGCAUUGCCCACCAGCAGAUCGUACGGUACAAGCACCUACUGGGCGCCAAGGUAAAACACCUCGGACUCGGCGCGCACUGCCCUUGCGGUCCGCUCUGCCUCGCCCUCGGCGGCGCGGCCAAGGUGGCCGACCAACGAGGUGACCACCACGCCGGAGCCUUGGAUGAUGUGGAUGAUGACGGUCCCGGCAAGGGGGCCAUCAACCAGGAGAGCUUUCCCCAAGACAUCCCCGUACCUCCCACGCCGUACCUGCCGGCCGAGUUCGAGUGCCAGCUGUGCUAUCAGCGGAAGAGGUUCCAGAAGCCGUCGGAUUGGACCAAGCACGUGCACGAGGACGUCCAGCCCUUCACCUGCACCUGGGACAAGUGCCGAGAUGCCAAGAUCUUCAAGCGCAAGGCCGACUGGGUUCGGCACGAGAAUGAGGGUCACCGCCACCUGGAGUGGUGGACCUGCGAUGUCGACGACUGCCGCCACACCUGCUACCGACGAGACAAUUUCCUGCAGCACCUCGUCCGCGAGCACAAGUUCCUCGAGCCCAAGGUGAAGACGAAGGCGGCCAUGAAGCAGGCCGGCGGCAUGGACCCGACCUGGCAAAAGGUCGAGCAGUGCCACCGCGAGACGGCGACGCGGCCCCAGGAGGAGGCCUGUCGAUUCUGCGGCAGGUCCUUUCCGACCUGGAAGAAGCUGACGGUGCACCUCGCCAAGCACAUGGAGCAAAUCUCCCUGCCCGUUCUCCGCCUCGUUGCGGCCAAGGAGAAGGAACUCGCGGCCGACACCGUCAUCAGCCCGGUGCAAGAGCCUUUUUCGCGUCCGACAAAGGCGCUGCCGAACGAAUCGAGCCCUCCCCCGCGGUGUGCGGCCCCGAUGCAACCACAGCAACCGCUUCUGGCUGGCCACGUGCAGAUGACAUACACGAGCCAGGGUCACCUCGUGUACCCUGUUCUGCCGCAGGGUCAGUAUCCCACCCCGCCGGCGUCGUUCUACCCGAUGCAGUACGGCAACAUCGAACAGAGCCUGCAGCAGCCAGGCCUGAGCAUGGAGCAGAUGGAGCGCAGCGUCGGCCUCGGCCAACCACCACUGCAUGGCAUGACGCAGGCUUCGGCGGCGUCGGCGGGUGCGUUCCCGCACGUCGGCAAUCAGUAUUUGUCGCUGGACAACGAUGCGGGCCUGUUUCCGCACUUGACGGUGAACGCGCUCGGGCUCCAGAACGUCGGGGGGUCUCCGAUGCGAGACACGCAGCCGACGAACGACGUCGGCUACGAUCCGAUGAUGAAUCCGGUCAUAGGCCCGUCGGGUCUCAACAGAAGCCCAUUCAGCGGCCACGAGUCGCUCUCGACCUAUUCUCACUCCCCGCUCCUGAACACCAGCAGCGGUGAGUCCAACGGCCAAGAGCAGAUGUGGGACGAGAAACGACCAGCAGACUUGGCUUGA